AGGAUCCCUGCGAACCACAGUGGUGACUGGUGAGUAUUCGUUAGCCUCCGAUCGAGUGUUGUGUGAUUUUUAUUCUUCAAAUGAUCUGAAUCUCAAAAAACUGACCGAUUUGAUUUUUUUUUUUUUGUAGAUUCAUGUUUUAUAGAUGAGAAAAAAUCGCAUCAUCAGUAUGAAACUCCACCGGGUUGCUGUUUACAACGCAUAACGAGGUUCAUUUUACACGAUGAAGAUGUGUAUUAUGAGAUUGGUUUUUCUGAAAGACAUUUUCAGAUCUGCUCGUCUGAUGGCUCUUUCUGCUUUGCCUCGCCUUUGUGAACACCAUGUCUUUCCUAGCUUCCACGGGCCAGAUGUCCGUAGAGGCUUUCUCAGCUACUUACUGAAGGAGUUCAGGGAGAAAGGAAUCGACGUCUUCAUAGACAAUGACAUAGAGAGGAGCAAGUUGAUUGGUCCCGAGCUCACAGAAGCUAUAAGAGGAUCGUUAAUUGCAGUUGUCUUGAUCUCGAAGAACUACGCUUCAUCAACAUGGUGUCUGAACGAGUUGGCGGAGAUCAUGAAGUGCAGGGAUGAAGAUAAGCAGACGGUGGAGGUGAUUUUCUAUGAAGUGGAUCCAUCUGACGUGAAAAAGCAGAAGGGAGACUUCGGAGCUGUCUUUGAGAAAACUUGUGCAGAGAAGACAACGGAGGAAAUUGAGAGAUGGAGGAAAGCUUUGCAGAUUGUGGCUCAACUCGCUGGUUACCAUACAAGUAACUUUGAUGAUGAUGCAGCCAUGAUUGAAAGAAUUGUUAUUGAUGUUUCGAACAAGCUCAAUGAUUAUACAACAUCAAAUGAUUCCAACAGCUUGGUUGGGAUUGAUAUUCAUAUCGGAGAGAUAGAGUCAUUGUUGUCCUUAGAAUCAGCUGAAGUUCGGAUGGUUGGUAUCUGGGGCCCUGCUGGAAUUGGUAAGACGACCAUCGCCAGAGCUUUAUAUAGACAGCUCUCUAGUAAGUUUACACAUGCUGCUUUUAUUGAGAGUAUCAAAGGAAAGUUUGAGCUAAACUAUCGAGACGAGCACGCCUUCAUGUUGCAUUUACAAGAACAACUUUUGUCUAAGACUUUAAAUCAGAAAGAUCUAAAAAUAGGUCAUCUGGGUGUGGCAAAGGCAAGGCUGAAGAACAAGAAGGUGCUUGUCGUUCUUGAUGAUGUGGAUGACUUAAAGCAGCUAGAAGCUAUGACUGACAAAACUUGCUGGUUUGGGCCUCAAAGUAGGAUUAUCAUCACGACAAAGGAUAAAAAGCUUUUGGUAGCACAUGAGAUCAACCAUAUUUACCAAGUGGGUUUUCCAUCUACAUCUGAAGCUCUUGAAAUUCUCUGUCUGUCUGCUUUUCGUCAAAAUUCACCUUCAUUAGGGUUUGAGGACAUGGCCAUAGAAGUUACACGGCUCGCCGGCCGUCUUCCUUUGGGUCUACGUGUUUUUGGCGCUUAUCUGCGAGGAAUGUCCAAAGAUCAGUGGAUACAUGCAUUGCCUCGACUUAGGACGAGUCUUGAUGGGGAUAUUGAGAAAGUAUUAAGGUUCAGCUAUGAUGCUUUAUGCAAGGAAGAUCAAGAAUUGUUUCUUCAUAUAGCAUGUUUUCUCAAAGGUGAAUGGAUUACUGACGUGGUGGAGUGUCUUGCGGAGAGUCGUUUGAACGUCAACCACGGGCUCCAUGUGUUGUUCGAUAAAUGUUUCAUAUCUUUACGCAAAUGGGGACGGUUGGCGGUGCAUAAUUUGCUUGAGCAAUUGGCUAAAGAUAUUGUCCGUAAACAGUCUGAUAAUCCUGGGAAACGUCAGUUCUUGGUGGAUGCUCAGGACAUUUGUGAUGUACUCGAGGAAAAUGCUGGCACUGAAACUAUUAGAGGAAUAGAUUUUGACUUAUCGGAAGUCAGGGGAAACUUAAUCAUUGACGAGCGAGCCUUUGAAGGGAUGUCUAGGCUCCAGUUCUUAAGAUUCCGGAAACGGGGUUUGUAUGAAAACACCAAACUUCUCUUACCCCAGGGUCUGAAGUUUAGAGCUAGUAAACUUAGAUUUCUUGAAUGGGAUCAGUUUCCGCUUACAUGUUUUCCUCGUGAGUUUCAACCACGGCGCCUUGUCAAACUUAUGAUGAAGCACAGCAAGCUUGAAAAGCUGUGGGAAGGACCUAUUCCGCUCCCAUGUCUGAAGCUGAUGGAGCUGUCUAGUUCCAGCUACCUCAAAGAACUUCCGGAUCUGUCUAAUGUCACUAAUCUUAAGACACUGAAUGCUUGUUAUUGCUCAAGUCUGUCGGAGAUCUCCUCCAUUGGGAAGUCCACUAGUCUCGAGGAGUUGAAUCUCGCUUGUUGCUUCGAGUUGAUUGUGAUCCCUUCUUCCAUCGGGAAUGCCAUUAAUCUCGAGAUAUUGAAUGUCGGGAUAUGCCAGGGUCUGGUUGAACUCCCAUCCUCUAUUUGGAGCCUCAAGAAGUUAAAGAAACUGUUAAUUUUUGGAUGCUCAAAGCUAAACCAUUUGGGGUCACAGUUGAGAAGCUUUCCUGAUUUUUCCGGAAACAUUACAGAAUUCGAUAUGAGUAAUACAGCGAUAGAAGAAUUCCCUUCAUCAAUCAUGGCUUUUUCGUGUCUUCGUAAGCUCUCAACAAUAACUGCGGAAAGCUUCAAGGUGUUUCCAGAUGUUCCUGACACCAUCGAAGUGAUACAUUUGCACAAUGCGGGAAUAGAAGAAAUUCCUCCCUCGAUUCAGAAUCUCUCACGUCUCACUGAACUGAGCAUGCUUAGCUGCAAGAAGUUAAAGGUCCUUCCAACCAACGUCAACCUGCAAUCUCUCCAUUCACUUGAUCUCAGUUCCUGCACACAAUUGAGAACGUUUCCAGAGAUAUCUACAAGCUUUAGAUUUCUUAAUCUGAGCAAUACUGCUAUAGAAGAAGUCCCUUCAUCCAUAUGGUCUUGGUCCAGUCUUCUUGAAUUGAUCUUGGAAGAUUGCAACAGCCUUCUGGUGUUCCAUAGUUUUCCUGACAACAUCGAAGAGUUGGACUUGGACUUGAGCAAUACGGGAACAGAUUUCCAAGGUGAGGGUCUGGACAGUGUUCAAACAUUAGGUAUAAACCUCAAAGGGUGCAAGAAUCUUGGUUCAUUGCCCCACAUUCCGCAUUUCGUCUCAACCCUUGAUGCAUCUAACUGUGAGUCGCUGGAGAGUAUAGAUGGCUUCUUUACCAAUCCAGAAAGAUGUCUCAGCUUUGCUAAUUGUUUCAAGCUGAGCGAAGCAGCGAGAGAACUCAUCGAGGAAUCGGAUUACAAGUUUGCGCUCUUACCUGGUGGAGAACUGCCUGCAGACUUUGAUCACCGAGCAAGAGAGGGUUUACUAACUGUCAAUUUGUAUCCGAGCCCUCUUCCUUUAUUCUUCAGAUUUAAAGCUUGUCUUUUGCUGCUUCAUAGACAAUAUGAUGAGGACGAGGAUGAAAGUGAGGAGGAUGAGGACGAGGAUGAAAGUGAGGAUGAGGAGGACGAGGAUGCCAGUGAGGAGGAUGAGGACAAUAAAUUGAUGUGCGACAUCCGGUGCGUUCAGAAUGGCGUCGAUAUUGGACGUGGAUCAUGCAAGUACAAGCUGCCCGCAAUACUGGGAUCCAAGGAGCAUCUGUAUUUCUUGAAAUCUUCCAUUUCACUAAACCUUCCUAAAACAGGUGUGAAUUUCAGCGAGCUUAAUUUUGAGUUCAAGACCACUAGUAAAUACUGGGAUGUAAAAGACUUUGCUGUACAAAUCUUGGAAGACCCUGAUGUUCAUGAUGACCAAGGAUGCUGUGAAGAUACUCACAACGAAGCUGAGUACAAUGAAACUGCUGACAUCAAGAUAGAGAAACUUACACGCUGGAACAAUGUGAAGAAGAACCUAUUUAAGAGGUUUCCGUGCGACAUGGAUGAAAGAGUAGAGAGGGCAGAAUAGGUAUUGUGGCCGUGUAUCUUAUCUUUGCGUAUAGGUAUUGUCGUUUACAAAAUAGGCUUUUGUUCUAUGUAUGGCAUUAGCAGUACUGUACAUAUCAGUGAGCUGGUUUGGCGUACUGAUUGCUCUCUGACUAGAAAACCAGACACAACCAUGUGAUUCAGAGGGCAUUUUCAGUACAUAUCAGUGAGAUGGUCUGUCUCUAAUCAAGAGGGAAUGUUCCUGAAACUGGGAUUAAUGAUUUUGUCUGUGGAAUGUGUGAUCUAUAAGUUGUUUGUUUUUAUUUUUUUUGAGGCAUCUACUUUUAAUAUUGGUUAAACAGACAUAUUAUAGCACUGUUAAGAAGAAUGUAGGAUGACUGCACUGAUCUUUAUAUGAAGUCAUAUUUCUUGAGAGUGUGUUUGUUGUACAUGAUAUAAGGUUGUACAUCCAAUAACACUGCCAUCUUUGAAGUAUUAGUCUUAAUACG